GCUCGACCAAAUCAUCAUCCGCUCUGCUCGUUUGACCACUUGCAGGCGUCGCGCUCCCGUGCCCACCCACCCGGUCCUCGCCUCUCGGGAUCAUUGAUCGUCGUCCUCUCCACGCUUCUUCGUCUUCUCAACACUGGCUGCCAAGCAAACACUUGCGCGACUUGUUUACAACCAUACACUCCCACACAACACCGACCCCCUUGCCUCAAACACUGCGCCUCGCCCUUCGCAGCACCCACGUUCCUCUCCACAAAACCAUAGCGCUGGCCCGCUUUAAAGGCUCACAUCACCAUGGCGCCAGUAAACCUCAACAGGAGGACAGCGUCUUCCCUCCCGACGCUCCUCUCCCUCUCAAAGCUCAUUCACGUCGUCCCCAACCUCGUUUCCGAGCAUGUCAAGCGCGAUCAGUUUGUCAUUGCAACCUCUGGCCAUGGCGGCAAAGAGCGAGUGGAGCCUGGCUCUCCCGAUUUUUACAUGAAGCUCGCGAUUAGCAUGACCCUGGUCGUGGUCGGUGGUGUCUUUGCUGGCUUGACGCUGGCCUUGAUGGGUUCCGACGACCUUAAUCUCAAGGUUCUUGCUGCAUCCUCAAGCGACCCUUCCACUCGUCGCUCAGCAACCAAGGUGCUUCGCCUCCUCAAGCGUGGACGGCACUGGGUGCUUGUUGUGCUCCUCCUCAGCAACGUGCUCAUCAACGAAUCACUCCCAAUCAUGCUUGACCCGCUUCUUGGCGGUGGCCCCGAGGCGGUCAUCGUAUCCACCAUCAUGAUUGUUAUCUUUGGCGAAGUCAUCCCUCAGGCUAUCUGUGUGCGAUACGGCCUCGAGAUCGGCGGCGCGUGCUCUGGAUUCGUGUGGGCCAUGAUGAUUGUGUUUGCGCCAAUCGCGUGGCCCAUUGCCAAGCUCUUGGACUAUGUCCUUGGCACAGACGAGGGACACACCUACAAGAAGGCUGAGCUCAAGAGCUUCCUCCAGUUCCACCGCGAGGGCGAGGAGCCGCUGAGAGACGAUGAGAUUGUCAUUCUUAACGGCGUCUUGUCGCUCAAUGACCGCCGUGUCGACCAAAUAAUGACUCCCAUUCAGGACUGCUUGACGCUGUCGGCCGAUGAAAUCCUCGACAGCGAGACGAUCCAGAACAUCCUCAUCUCUGGUUUCUCGCGAAUCCCCGUACACGAGCCUCACCAGCCCGACAACUUCAUUGGCAUGCUCCUUGUCAAGAGGCUCAUUACCUACAACCCCGAGGAGGAGUGGCCCGUCUCCAAGUUCCCUCUCAACGCUCUUCCCGAGGCCAAGCCCGACCUCAACUGCUUCCAGGCUCUCGACUACUUCCAGACCGGUCGUGCCCACCUCUUGCUCAUCAGCGACACCCCUGGCCAGCGUGGCGGUGCUCUCGGUGUUAUCAGUCUCGAGGACUUGAUCGAGGAAAUCAUUGGCGAGGAAAUUAUCGACGAGACCGACAGGUAUCAGGACAACCACUCGAAGAGAAAGGCGCAACGCAAGGCCACUGGCGCUAUCAUGCGCGGUAUCAUCGAGCGCCAGCGUGUUAUCAACGCCUUCAGCCGUCGUCCCUCUGGCACUUCGCGCAACCACUCUCCGCACCCCAGCGCCGGCACCGCCCAGCCACGUGAAGGCAUUCUGGUUCAAAUCCACGAUGAGCCAAACGACAUGUCGCGCUCAAACUCUGUGAACGUCGCGUCACCUGAAAUCAGCACCGCUGCUAUUAUUUCUUCGCCACUAGCCAACACUGCGGGUUCCAUCUCCAUCAUCGCCACUUCGCCCAACGGGAUGGUCGAGGCUCCGAUCGCAGCGAUUGAAGCAGCUGUGGAGAAUGCCGACAUUGUGGAGACGGAGGCUGGCGACCCUAAGGACGGGGGUGAGCCCAUUGCCCAGGCCUCGCAGUCGGAAAACAUCACGCCCGAGGAGCUCAAGGGGGGCCAAGAGCCUGCCAAGCCCUCAGAGCCGGAAUCGUCGUCGAACGGAGGUCCCAAAAAGACGAACGGGAAGCCGAACUCGGACGUCGGGGCCUUCGUAGACUUUCAGCGGCCGUUUUCGCAGGCCGAGUUUGUCGAGACGGCACAGGCGUUUGUUGCCAAGUACGACGGGCUGGAGCGCGUCCUCGGUCCAGAGCGUACCAACGCGGGGUGGGAGUGGCGCAGCAAGUUCUCACUGUGGCGCGGUACGCAGGGAUACUUGUAUAGGCGGUCACGGCGAGUGCUCCCUUCGCCCGCUGGUGCAGAGACGCCGGAAGCUGAGAUGGAGGAGGAGGAGGAGGAGGACGAUGCGGCCGCGGCUGUCGUCGCGGCGCACGCGCCGACCGUCGAGGUGGAACUCGACGUCGCCUUCUCGGAGAGCUACGGCGUGCCGCUCCUGUGCAUCCGGGCGUGGGACGAACACGGCGUGCCUCUCCCCCUGGAGACGCUCGUGUCGGUCGUCAUGCGCGCGCAUCUGCCUGUCGACGAGCAGAGGCGGCGGGACGCGCUCAUGCUCCCCGGCGCACCGUUCCCCCUCCUCCAGCAGACGGAGCACCCCGUCACCGGCGACAUGGUGUGGAGCGUGCACCCUUGCGAGGUGUCCAACGCCGUGCACCAGAUCCUCGUGGCUGAAGGCGAGGAAAGCGCACUCCGCUCCAGACUGAGCUGGCUCGAGGCCUGGUUCAUGCUCAGCGACAGCAUUGUCGACCUCACAUCUUAGAUUUCACUCUUGGGUUUAAUUGCAUCGCAUGUAGGGUGGUAACUAUAGUCAAGACUAUGAGUUGUGCGAGAGAGAAAGUUUACAUGCCAAGCGAACGCAUGAUGGCAUAGCCAAUCGUGACAAUGACAAAGGUCGCGAGGAUGGACGCGGGGACACCAUUCUUGAGGAAGUCGCUCGCGUUGAUGAAGCGGUGGCCCAGCUUGUUCUCCUGCGUGAUGGCGGUCAUGUUGGGGAAGCCCGAGACGGGCAGACCCAUACCGGCCGAGCAGAUGAGGGCAGUGGCCAUGAUGAGCAGACGUGGGUGGGGGUCGGCAAGCGACUCUCCAAUGCGCGAGGCAACCGGCACAAGCAGGACAGCAGCAAUGGUGUGAGAAAUGAAGGUGGCGAUAACAAGUGCGAUGGACGAGAAGACAAUCAGGAUCUUGUAGAGACCCAUGCCGUCGACGAGGCGCUCCAGGACGUGGUCGAGAGACUCGAGGAGACCCGACGACAGGACGGCCUUGCCGAGGGCGAUGCCACCCAUGGCAAGGAAGACGAUGGGCCACUGGAAGUCGUGGAAGUCCUCCUUGCGCAGGAUACCCGUGCCGAAGAAGGCAACCAGGGGGAUAAUAGCAAUGAUACCCAUGUCGCCCACCGAGCUCUCAAUGUUCUUCUCAAUGCACCAGAGGGCAAUGGUAAGGAGAGUGAUGAACAGCACAAAGUAGUGCUUCUUCUUGAGGCUGUCGGUGUUCUUGCGCAUCUUGGGAAUGCGAAGGUCGCUCUCCCAUCUGUAGUUGAUGUGCAGGAAAGCCCAGAUGACAAUGAUCGAGGUGAGAGACACGGGGAUGGAGAUGGCGAACCAUUGCAACCAGGUGAGCUCGGGCACCAUGGAGCCAAGGGCGAUCAAGUUUUGAGGCGACGAGAUGGGCGACGCCUGGCCACCAAUGUUGGACGCAAGGGCAAUGGCAAUGAUGAGGCACCUGGAGAAGACAGACUUGGGCGGCAGCUCGUCGAGAAUGGGGCGGACGAGAGCGUAGCAGAGGGUCGGCGCGGCAACGUUGGAGAUCCACAUUGAGGCAAAGGUGGCGACAAGCAUGAGAACGAGCAGCACAACACUGGGGUUGCUGCCAGCAGCGUUCAUGAUGCGCGAGGCCGACAUGUGGUCGAGACGCGUCCUGGAGAGAGCAGCAGCGAUCGUGAAGCCUCCAAUGAGGAGCAUGAUGGUGGGCGAGAACAUUUGCGAGAAGAUGUACUUGGUCGCGUCGCUGGCAGGCAGGCGAGUAUCUUCACCGUCAGUCGAGCGGAGGACGCGGAGGACGACGACAAGGAAGGGCACCAUGAGCGACGUGACGAACAGGGGGAUGGCCUCGGACGCCCAGAGAAUGGUGCAGAAUACGAGAAGCGCAAGACAGUUGCUCUCCUCGACGCGGUCGAAUGGCUGGGCCCACAUGAUGCCAAAGAGCGCUCCAAGAGCGAUGAGGAAGAUGAUGCCGCGGGUCGAGAUGAACUUGGGGAACACGAUGCGGCCGCAGGGUGUCCUGAUUCCAGGCUUUGGCUGCUCGAAGGCUGGGAGCUCUUCUUCUGGCUCGACCGAGCGGAAGAUGCCCUGACCACGGCGGUCGCCGACCAUCUGGGACCAGACAGUCUCGCGGUCGACGACGAUGCGCUCACGAAGCUGGGCACGGAGCUGCUCCUUGGCAAGGUCCUCAUCACCAGCGACAACGACACGGCGGUAGAGGAAGAGAACCUUUGCAAGCAAAGUGUCGAGCUCUGCCUUGGCCUCGUUGGUCCAGGGGUACGUUGUGAGCACCUUGUCAGUGAUGUAGGGCUUCUUGAGCUUCGAGUUGGUAUUCUUGUCGUACUUUUUCAAGAUCUUCUCGAAAGCGGUGAGGUUGAGGUCGACGUACUGCUUGAGGGCGUACAGGUCGAGCCAGAGAUGCGAUACUCGCUUCUUGAAGCCAAUGCGCAGGACGGUGGCGUAGUCGCUGCUGCCGGUCCAGUUGAAGUAGGCAGCGUCGUGGGGCCCACCAGCCUCCUCGUCAUCGCCAAUCUCGAGCUGGAGCCAGGCGGGGUAGGUUGAGGGGUCUAUUGGCAUGAGACCGAGCUUGUGCUGGCGCUUGCCCCAGCCGCUGGUGGACACUGACGAAAAGGACGUGCGGCGGUCGUGGGGAUCAUCGGCCGACGAGAGAUCUGAUAAAGCGCGGCGGUGGAAGGGUGCGCGGGACCGGGCAGGCGACAAGGGGGCCUCGUCCUCGGUGACAUUCGGGGUGGCGAUAGAACGCGAGCGCUGGCGCGAGUUCUGGGUGCGCACGGGCGCAGGUAGUGUCGACUCGAAGAUGUCGGCGGCGUGCGCAUCACCCUGCUGUACGCUCGUGCGGCGGCCAACGAGUCUGGGUAAGCGGCCGAGGAGAGAUGCGCGUUUGCGAGCAGUGCGGGCGGGGGUGGUGUGGGCGGAACGAGGAAGGAGGUGGUCGCCUUCGUCCAGGUCGUCGGCAUCCUCAUCCUCCUCGUGGAUAACGUCCUCUUCACUGGCACCGUGAAGCUCGCGCAGCUCGAUCGAGUGGACCUCUUCCUCAAUCAACUGGUCCAGAGUGCGGAGCUCGUUGAACUUUUGAGUGUAGAAGGCGUCGACUUUUGCGCGCUCGCGGUCGAGGGCGGCGCGGAAUUGCUCUGGCGUGGCCCAUUUUGCCGACUCUGCACGGUGGACCGGUAACAGGGAUCCCUGCUCGGCGUGCUGCUGGGUCGCGAGGUAGGUCGGGUCGAGGGGGACUGAGGGGAAGAGCUUUUUCAAAGCGUCAUAGUCGACGUAGUGAUUCCACCAUUCAACGUUCGAGUUGAGCUCGAGAAGAGUUCUGGUCCAACUUCAUCUUGUCUCCCGAGUAUGCAGGUCGGGCGUUGUGCCAGGACCAGGAAGGGUGACGAGGGGGAGUAUCAGUGCCGAGUGGAAGGAGCUCGAGUGAUUCGGGGUCGGUGGUGGUGGUGUCGAGGCGGACCUGGUAGUGACCUCCCAACGCACGUUGUAGGCUGCGGCCGAGACCGAAACUGGAAACGAGCGAAGAAGGUGAGGGGUGAUGUGAUGGGUGCGAGAUGAUGCUGGUCGCGUGCACGCCUGAGUGUAUAUAUAAAGAGUCAGAGGCGAGAGUAGGGCACGGCGCGAGGGCGGUAGGCGUCGGUCGUCGCGGCGAGUAUCGGCACGUCGGCGGUCAGUGAUUGUAGUGGGUGGGUGGG